CCGUUUCAAGCGGCUUCAAUCUACGAUUUGCCAACUGCAACCAAGUUUUCCUGUGUACACCCCCCAGUCAAAUCCCAUUGAGAAAAGGUAGGCGAAACGGACUUUGCUUCGUAGAAGAAAUGUAAUUACGGUAUCAAGUGUGAUUUGCGUCCUUUUUCUGGGACAUUUUGUUAAGAAAAUUGGAUUCCUGCAUGGGUUGAACUGCGCACUCCUGAAUUGUGCAUCCUUCCAUCUCAUAUUUAAAAGCAGCCCGUUGAACCUGGAAGCCUCGUAGUCGAACUUCACCACCAGCAGCAUCAGCAGCAGCAAGAAAACGAUGUUCACCUUGAAAGGGAACGGUGCCCUCUCGGAUUAGUUCUCUGGAAGUUGAGUUACCUGCCUGCACCAACCAACCAACGACGGUCGUGGUGGCGCAUCGAUCUCUGAUCGCGUCUGUGACUUGUCAGAAUCGCUGUUCCGAACCCCCCACAAAUCCAUCCAAAAAAGGAAUAUGAAAACGUCCAAAUCGGUGGGAAUUUGCGUGUUGUGCGGCCUGGUGGCGCUAAUUGCUGCCGAAGCUUUUGGAUACGAAACCACCCGCGAUAAACAUUCGACGUCGUUGGGGGUGACGGUGGCGGACGGGUCGGCAGCCAAAAAUGAGCAAAAUCCAGUGAAACCAGCCGCCGAUUAUGGAUCGAGUGCAUACAGUGUGGAACACGUUUUAGAGUACGUUCCCGGUGACAGGGCGCAAGUGAAUGGGCAGCACCAGCACGAGAAGAGAGAGAUACUGACUCAUCCCAGCAGCAGUGGACUGGACUUGCCCCAGCUAGACACACAUCAGCACCUCCGCGGUCGGCGGCUACCUUUCUACGUCGAAGAACCACGCUUCGUUUUGCUGGGGCGAUCACCAUCAUCGGCACUCUACCAAUCGAUCGGGGGAUUUUCCUUCAUUCCACAGCGUGGUCGCAAAUCGGACCCACCGUCAUCGUUGUCCCCAGCCUCGAAUGCCCCCACAGCCCUGGAGAAGCGGGAACUCUCGAUCAAACAGAUGCUCGAAGGAAGCGACUACUUCGUGCCGAACCGCGGUAAGAAACGAGUUGGCAAUGGGAUCGCCAAAAAGAUCAAAUUUGAUGACAUUCUCGGGUCGGAUGAGCCGUUCAUUCCGAAUCGGGGCAAGAAGGAGCUGUUCGAUCUGUUCCCCGCGAUCGCGGGUGGAAGAUCCCUCAACGAGUUUCAACCGUUCUUCAGCAAGAAGAACGUCCUGAACGCCAUCCAGAACGUCGGCAGUAAGGACGCUCCGGACUCCGGCGGGGAGCUGUUCUACCCGACCCGUGGCAAGAAAAACGUCCUGGAAAAUCUGGCCCAAAGUCAGGACACGUUCUUCUCGUCGCGCGGCAAACGGAAUCCGAUCGUGUGGAGCAUGCUGAGCGAGGACGGCCCCAGUCCGUGGGAAUACCUGGAGGGUGUCGAUGAUGGCAGCAGCAGCAGCGGCAGCAGUGGUUAUGAUGCCGACUCACCGUCGUCGCUGCCACUACUCGAUCGCUAUCAGUCUAACAAGAUUAUCACGUAGAUGGGCUCGAAACGAACCAGCUACACAGGCACACCAGAGCUACAACACAAACGGGGGACUGACGCGUGUGUUUCAUGAAUUCCAUUAACCAACUUGUUGUGAAGAAAUUAGUUUCUUUUUAUUGUGUGCACCCGAGAGGACGGCGAUAAAAUAUUCAUAGAGGAGAUAUUUCAAGAGAUUGAAAUAAAAUCAAAAAAUGCAAAUGGACUCUUUCUCUCUGUUUCUGGUGGUGAAUUUCUCCGUGCUUUGGGGCAUCCGUGUUUAUGUAUCUGCUGACAAAUCGCAUUUUAGUACAAGUUACCGUCAGUGGCUAGUACUAAAUUCAUUUCAGCAAGCAAUAAAAUGUUUGGAACAGA